AUGGACUUCUUCUCAUCCUCUAAGUGCAAGAGAUCGAAUUCCGAGAUCGAUCUUUUGAAGUUCUACUGGCCAAAGCCAACUGAAACAAAGACUGAAGAAGAAAAGGCUAAACUGCUAACGUUUGAAGAACUGUGCACUGCUUCUGAUUUCCUAAGCGGCCCUCCUCUUCCUCCUGAUGAACACUAUACGGGAGGAUGCCCAUACAAGGAUAGUGUCCCAAAGGGGGCACCUGUGGGCAAAUAUUGUGUUGUGCUUUGUAAGGUGUGUGGCGACAUCUUUGAGGGCUUCUGUUGCGGACGAGAUGAAGGACGUGCGAUUCUUGACCCGUUUCGAUUAUUAGACUCGAGAUGA